AUGAAAUCAACAACACAAGGGGUAGAUUUCACAACAAAACAGAUAUUUGAAAAUAUCAAUCCCAAUAUAUUAGCAUCAGCAUUUAAUGACAUGAUUCAAAAUCAAGACAUCCCAAAAUGCUGGAAACAAGGAUGGGUUAAAUUAAUCGGAAAAAAAGAUAUAAUCACAGACUACAAAGAUCUAAGACCAAUCAUAAUCAUGAAUAUUGGAUAUAGACUCCUAUUCAACAUUAUAACAUUCAAACUUAAAGAUUGGGCCGAAUCAAAUAUCAACAUUAGACAACAAGCAUUCACCCAAAAUCGAGAAACAACAAAUCACUGCAUCCUCAUACAAGCCCUCAUUAACAAAUUCAAAAAGAAAGGAUUCAUUCUAACCAAUAUAGAUAUUGCUGCUGCAUAUGAUUCCAUUGAACUCAAAAUCAUUGACAUGGCGCUCACCCACUGCAAAUUCCCCCAAGAACUUAAAAACUUCAUCAUUAAUGCUUACUCAAAUCAUCAAAUCCAAAUAGAAUGGAAUCAUACACUAUCAGAAAAAUUCACCAAGACAAGAGGAAUCCCACAAGGAUGUCCUCUAGCUCCUCUAAUCUAUAACUGCAUCUCCCAAAUGAUUAUUGAUAAAAUUAUUGAAAGAGAAAAACUCCCAAUCACUCCACAAGAUCUAGACAUUGAUGAUAUUGCCACACUUUGUUUUGCCGAUGAUAUGUCAAUUAUCAAUUCUAACAUUACUCUCCACAACAAAAGACUCAAGAAAAUUAACAGAUGGUUCAAACAAAUAUUCCUAGAAAUUAAUCCAUCCAAAUCAGUUACAACUUCACUCCCUAAACCAAACGAGGCCUUGAUUAACAAUACCAAAAUUCCAAACCAAGACAACCAAAGAAUCCUCGGAGGAUAUCUUUUUGAAUCUAAAUUAUUUAAGGAAGAACUAGAAAAAAGGAAACAUAAGAUGAUGAAUAUCCUUAACAUCCUCCCAAUUAAUCUGAUUCAACCAUAUAAUCUCAAACAAGUAGUCACAUCUAAAACCUUAUCCCAAAUUACACACCUUGCACGCAGUAAUUCAAUAAGCCAAUCUCAAUUAGAAUCAUUCGACUCUUCAAUCAGAAACCAAAUCAAAAGAAAACUAAAUAUUGAUGCAAGAACACCUAAAGAAUGCCUAUACUUACCAAUCUACCAAGGAGGAAUGGGUAUUCCAUGCCUUGAAAUGAUGACUGAUAUCAUAACCCUAAGAUCAUUAAUUAAUAUCUCAUGUCACAAUUACCAACUCAUGCAAGAAGCGGUAAAUGAUGCUAUCACAUCAACAUUCAACACCAAAAAAUCCAAAAACCUAAAUAUAUUUGAAAACUUCCACCACAUAGCAAGGAAGUAUGAGCUUAAAGUUGAUAACUGCAACUACAUACCUCAACUUGUAAAUGAAGAAUCACUAAAAUACCAUAAGAAAUGUAAAAACUUUGAAGUAUGGACUGAUGGAUCUAAAACUGAACAAGGAACUGGAUUUGGUAUUAUUUUACAAUCCAAAAAUAUAACAACUAGACACAAAUUCAAACUUGAUCCAAUCCAUAGCAAUAACUUAGCUGAACUACUAAGUAUUGUCUACACUCUCCGAUUAUUACCAACAAAAUCAAAAGCAAAAAUCUACACAGACAGCGAAAUAAGUAUCAAUUUGCUAUCAAAUCCUAAAUACCGAGGACCAUUUCUCCCCUUAAAACUGAAUUUGAAUUCCUCAAGAAAUCUAAAAACCUACAAAUCACCAUCAUCAAAGUUAAAGGCCACCAAAAUAGUGGUAACAUUCACGUAG